GUUCUAUUUUACUUUUGCUUUGUAAACUGAAUAAAACAGAUUGGGUCUUGGUACGGCGCAAUAUCGCAAUAAUUUUAAAUCAUUUAUAUAAAACAAACUAAGCAAAUUUCUUUCACUAGAAUUAUACACAUACAAUUAUAUGUAUGCAUAUAUUGCUAGGUGAUAUUCGUGUGUGGCAUAUCGAUAAAUGAAAUGGGUAUUAUCCGAAGUGAAAUAUAACAUUUUAACCUUCCUUUUCAACGAGGAAUAAUAUCACUAAACAAUUUUUAAUGUUUAUGCAAUGUAAAGAUGGUGGACGAUAAUGUAAUAAAUCAGUGAUAAACGUCUAUAUGAAUAUUGACGAGUGAAUCGUCCACAGACAAAGAGGGAACGUCAUCAAGAAAGAACAACAAGUAUAUAGUGUUGUGAAAAAACAGUAUGGACACAAGACAAAAGAUAAAUAAGCAACGUUAACGUUGUUACAUUUAACAAAAGAAGAAAAAUCAAUAUAAAACAAUACAAACAAUACUUAAACUCAUUAUAAUUACAGGCUAUUAUUUAACUGUUUCAAAGCACAUUGUCUACAUUUCGCCCAAAUACUGGCACAAGAUCAAACUGAUAAAGAUUUUGUAAUUGUCUGGGGCCAAAAAAGGCAUUUCCAUCAUUCGCGGUGAUAACAAACAGUAAACGAACGUCCUAAAAUAAUAAUAUAGAAAUAAAAGCAAUAAAAACAUACACAAUUAAAGAAAAACUUUAAAAUUUGAAAUACAAAAAAAUCUAACCGCAAUGCCGACCAUUUUGAACAUUUAUCUCGCGCUGACGGUUAUCGGGUUAUUCUUAACAAACACCGUAAAUUCUGAAAUAAGACCGGAGGUAGCGGAAUUGCAAGUCGAUACUACACGGAACGAGUACAUCGCACUUCAGCAGUCACUUUGGCGCUAUCUGAAUAAAGAGGGCACCAGUAAAAGUUCUCAACUUCGAAAAGUUUACGAUUCGCAUCGGACAUUUAUUAGCGAUCAUUUCCAAAGUAAUUUCGAGGUGGGAAGAUAUGAUAUACUAAAUCAUUAUGAAUGGAGUCUCUUGGAGCGCGACCUGCUGCAAAUUGACAGAAUGUUCGAUUACUAUCAGAACGACCUGAACGAGCACAACAAUUCCGCUGAGGUGAAUGAACGUGCCAUUUUGGACAUUUGCGAGACGGUGCUUCGCAAUGAUAAUGUCUUCUCUAUGUCGCGCAUUUUUCAGGACGUGGAGUUAGUGAUGGUGAAGCAAACCCUUUAUUAUAGGGCAAUGUUGGAAUCGAUGGAUCAAAUAUGCCAUACGCAACAAUCGGCGCAGCAAUUCGUGUUUUCCCUGUAUUCCGAUAUAGCUCUUACAGAACUAAAGGGCUACACUAUGAUGCAGUUUUCGUGGAUGAUGUUGAGGAUUUACGGCAAAGGAAAUUUUUCUCAAGAAGUUGAACUAAUGCACAUGGACUAUGCGAAACGAACUGAACGUACGUUGAAAUUGUUAAGGGAAGUCAUGCGUCGCGCCGAUCGAAUUUUGUGGAGAUGUGACCCUGGGAAAUUUGAGCAUGGCAAAAAUUAUGACGAGGUGACCCGUCUUCUGCAGGGUUACAUUGAGAAUGAAGUUGAUUUGAACAAAGAGGAAACAUGCCGUGAAACUUGCGAUUUUUAUCAAUCCACCCGAUCUGAAGGCUGUUUCAAGGAUCUAUAUUGUGCACGCCAACCCAGAUGUUCUGGCAAAUUGUAUCACUGUACAUAUGUUGACGCGGACAUGUGGGUUUGCCCUGCUAGCCGAAACAGUACGCGUCGCUAUGAAUACAUAGAAUAUGAAAACGGUCGCGUACUUGGUCAAAAAUCCGCUUGUGUACGGGGUACUACAAAGGUGGACUCCUGGUGGCGCUAUCUGUUCUGGCACUGUAGCUAUUGUUUUUGCCUAUGCGAUGAAAUUAGUAUAAAAUCAGACCGCUACUUCAAUUUGCGCGAAACCGUAGCAGAUGUAGAGAACAAUAGAGUGGUGGCCGGCUUGCGCAUGACCAAACAUAACCGAAUAUUUCACUUACAAAUCCAAGAAGGAGAACUCUUACCGAGAGGCAAUAUAAACAGGUCGAGCCUGACUUGGAAGCCAGUGGAAAGUUAUCAAAUAUUCGAUAGAGACGUGCGUAAUGGUCGAUAUUACCAUACACUCAGUUACGAAAGUAGAUCAAUGGAUUUGGACGACAUCUACACAGACGACAACUCAUUUAUAGUUGUUGGUGUGCGUUGGCGAGUCGUUGGUGCCCAUUUAAAUCUGGAAGCCAAAUUAGCUGAAUUCGAUUUCAAAAUGGGCAAACUCAUAUCCCCAGAAACGAAUAGUUUUUGGAAAUCUAAUGAUAACACCGAUGUGAGCGGCGAACGAAGACAAAAAAUCAACCUCAUCAAUCCGGAUAAAUCAACACGAACAAUAGUCAAAUCAAUACCCGACUCACGACAUAAUCAAUACAUAGAUUUUAUAAAUACGAGUAUGGAGAAGGAUGCCGCGCAAAGUACGGUACCUUUUAUCGAUACCCAGGAAGUGACAUCUAACCCCCCAGUGCCGCUUUCCGGUGUCGGUAUAUAUCACAAGGGACGGCAAGGUUACGGCGGAUUUUUGGCACCAAAGAUUAUGACCUAUGAUUUUGCGCCGCACAUUCGAGUGCCACAAGAUAUUAACUAAAUAUCGAACUUAGAAUGUAAAUAUUAUUAUAUAAUACACUAGUAUAUAUAUGUACAUAUAUGCAAAUGGAUGUAUGUAUGUUUAUAUAAUUAUAAUAUUAAUAUACUAUAGCAAACACACAUACAUGCACAUAAAUAUAUAUGUAUUUGAUAAAUAUUGGAGCUGCAAGAACUUGCAAUAAUGAACAGCCGUUGGUUAUAUUUUGAUGUUUCUUAAUUUGAUUAUAAGCUAUUUAGAAGAAACAUAAGAAACAUUUCCUAUCAAAAUUUACAUUUCCUUGAAAUUAUUUAAGUGACCAUAUUCGAAUGUUAAAAUUAAAACCAAAUACUCUUGCUCGAAUUAGUACGCAGUACAACUUUUUAUAGCAGUUCUUUGCAGCUCAGAUCUAGAUAUAUUUUACCAAUUUCUAAAACAAAUAAGUUUCGUUCAAUCAGUAAGCAAUAAAUUCACUUAUUAUAUUCGAAUUAGAAAUUGAAUCUAUACUUAUUUAUGUACAAUAAAUUGGCAUUAAGCUAAA